CCAUCCUCGCCCCCAAACACCUCACUACGUACCAACCAGGCCAGGGGAUCGAGCACCUGGUGUGCACAGUGCACCCGCGCCGCGUUGGCGUUUCUCUGCUCCGAUCCAACCAGGAGCUGGUCUAGCAUUUCUUGCUCCAGACCGCGACCCCAAGCCAUUCCACCGCAUUCUCUAAGCUGGGAAAGGAGAAGGACACCGGCGGGUGCCCCAUCGUCGAGCACCUGGUGUGCACUCGAGCCCUUGCUCGGCUACGCAUCUGCUCUGCUUCACCACUGCCUCGAAACCAGCCGGUCAAUCUCCUCCGACAACCCAAAGCACGCACUGCAGGCUCUGCCUAUGGUUUUGGAAUGGCUCAAGAAUAAGAAACUGAAGACGGCCAACGUCGACAUGCAGCAGCUCACUAGCCAGAGAGACAAUGACAACGGGAGCACCCCUCUUCACUUGGCGGCAUCAAUGGCUGGGCUGCCGUCCCUAGGGUCGAUGUCGGCAGGGCCAUUUGCGACCAUGCUGUACUCAACGCCUGGGCUGUGGUUCCUAUGGUCGAAGUCGGCGGGGCCAUCGUCGGCGACCAGGCUGCUGCUGGAUGCCAACGUGUCCACGGCGUACCAGCCGGACAACCAAGGGCAGUACCCCAUACACGCUGCUGCGUCGGCGGACAGCCUGGAGGCUGUGAAGGCCCUGCUCGAGAAAUGCCCGGACUGUGCUACCCUCCGAGAUGCGAGAGGAAGAACUUUUCUCCAUGCUGCCGUUGAGAAGAAGAGUUUUGAUGUGAUUCGCCAUGUCUGCACUUCGCGAGGGUUGUCAUCGAUCCUGAAUCUGCAGGACGACAACGGGGUACGAUUGGAUAUGCGGAAUAAGGAGGGCAUGAUGCCCGCCGAUGUUUCAUGGAGCAUGAUGCCUUUAAAGACUUAUUAUGCAUGGAAUUCAAGCAUACGCAUACGAAAAUUACUCUUGAAACUGGGAGCUCCACUUGGUGAAAGUAGAGGUGACCUCUUCGAUGAAAAGCACAAUAGAAUCAUCGGAGAAAAAUCUAAAUGGGACAUGGAAAAGAUGUCGGAGAAUGUAACAGCUGCAGCACAAGUCUUGGCCCUUUUCUCCGUCCUUAUUACAACAGUGACAUUUGCGUCGGCUUUCACGCUGCCCGGUGGCUACCGAUCAGCCGGCGACGAUGGUGGUGCUGCUGGGACGCCGGUGCUUGCUAGGCGUGGGAGCUACGCUUUCGAUGCGUUUCUCCUCGCCGAUGUCUGGCAUUCAUCUGUUCUUUCGUCGCUACGGCCAAACUGCUCUAUGCCGGGGUGCCUGCUUUUGGCCUCGAAACCCGCUUCAACAGUAUCAAUGGUGCAUACAGCCUGAUGAUGAACUCUUGGAAGAUGCUAAUUGGUGGCUGCUCUUGCCCUGGGCCUCUACGUGGUGCUGCUUCCACCAGUUGUCCGCACGAUUGCAAUUGAGAUCGGUGUUGCGAUGAUUAUGCUUGCAAUAUGGUUCACCAAGAAUUCGGAAGGGUCGGUUGAUCCUUUCUCAUUAUACGUUCCUCUUCUGAGAAGCAGUUCCAAAGUGUCACAACAGGAUAUGUCACGCUCCAUUAUUUUUUGGUUGGAACGUUAUUGGUCCUUGCUGCUAUAUUCGCCCUCCCUGCAAUUCACACAUGGACAAGGGCAAAGUAAAUAGAGAUCCAUAUCGAUCGAGUUUCACAUUAUUAAUUCUUUUAUUUCGAUACGAAUCAUGAUAUGCCCUACAAACAAUCACAGGAAUAAUAGUUGUAUCACAUACUUACUAUGUUUAUGAAUAUGUAAUAAAGUAUCCCUUCGUAUAGAUAUAUAACUUAUUAUUAAUCAAUAAAU